GUAACGCUUGUAAUCGACCAUAAACAAGAUGCACGGAAAAGACGUGUAUUUCCCAAAAUUGUUGUUAUUCUUGCAUAUUUUAGUGUCGCGUUACAAACAAGAUGUGUUGAGAAGUAGUUUGUGUUCAAAGCGAGAAUUGUACGACAGAGACAUUUGUUGGUCAAGUUAGCCAUAUCCCUGGGGUUUUAUUUGGGAAACCUCGAGAUCCGAUAUAAUCAGGUAAAAUGCUGAAACUGAGAACUUUUCUGACAGCUAUUUAGUACUUAAUGGAGAAUGGAGGAAGGUCACAAGAAGAUUCUUCAGCGCUAUAGGAUAGAUAUUGUCACAAGUUUGGAUCCAUCAAGUGUCUAUGACCGUCUGCUUCAGAAAGAGGUUUUCACUCCAGAGAUGAUCGAGAAAAUUAAGAGCUCAGGAACACCACGGGACCAAGCCAGGCAGCUGGCGCGGGACCUGGCAACCCGUGGGAGUCGGGCCUUCCCUCUCUUUGUGGAAUGUCUUCAGGACUCAGAGCAGCACAGUUUGGCAGAGCUCCUUCGAAGUGGAGGGUCAAUGUCCAACGACCUCAUUCUCCCAGUUGUCCGGACUCUUCCGGUUUCCUCUGCAGUGGAUUUCCAGGAGCAAAUAAAGGCUGCCCCUAUCUAUCCCCUGCACAGUCCUACUCCAUCCCCCGGAGAAGAGAACCGACAAGCUCAGACGCAGAUCAGAACCCGCAUGGAAGGCAGGAGACGGCGGGACAGCUUUCAGAUCUACAAAAUGGAUGCCACCCCAUGCGGACACUGCUUUAUUAUCAACAACGUGGAUUUUGAGCCACAGAGCGAGUUGAGUAAUCGCACGGGGUCCAACAUUGAUUGCGACAGGUUGGAGAGACGAUUCAAAGCACUUCACUUUCUCGUUGAAGUGAGAACAAACCUCAAACAGCGACGCCUCAAACACGAGUUGUCCUAUUUAUCCAAGAAGGACCAUUUGCCGUACGACUGCUGCGUGGUCAUCAUUCUGUCCCAUGGGACAGAGGUGAAUCACAACCGCUUCCCCGGUGCCGUUUAUGGAGUAGACGGCCAGUAUGUUCCAGUGCAGCACAUCACAAACUACUUCAACGGGAAACAUUGUCCCACCCUGCAGGGGAAACCCAAACUCUUCUUCAUCCAGGCGUGCGGAGGAGGUGAAAAAGACCAAGGCUUCGAAGUGCCAUCUGACGAGUUCGAAUCGUCCGAGGGCGGAAUCGAUGAUCAGACGGAUGCCAUCCCCGCUUCCUCCAGCAGCGACUCGCUGAGCACGUCUGAUGAACCAGACGCCGGCGCCACACUGCCCACCCCAAGUGACAUUCUUGUGUCCUACUCUACUUUUCCGGGUUACGUAUCUUGGAGGGACACUCAAUCAGGCUCCUGGUACAUCGAGACGCUGGACCGCAUCCUUGAGGAAAAUGCUGCCACUGUUGAUUUGGUCACAAUGUUAAUGAUGGUUAACAAUGAAGUCUCCCGAAACUCAGCAAAAGGCAUCUAUAAGCAAAUGCCAAGUUCAUUUAACUCCCUUAGAAAACAUCUUUACUUUCAAACCUCAGCCCCGGGACAAAAUUCAGUUCAACAUAAUUAAAUGUUACUGUACUCUGUACUGUGCAGAUUUUUUUUUAACAAAUAAAAAAAGACAGCAAUUCA